AUGGCCCAAUACUACCCGCAACAACAACCCCCCUACAACCCCCAAAACCUCCAAUUCUACCAGUCCACCUACCCAGCCCCCGUCUCCGGCCAUUCCACUCCCUCACAAGCACAUUACGGCUACGGCCAACCAUCGGCCCCACAACCCUACCCGAGCUCUGGCGGAUUUGGGGCGGCGCCCAGUUUUGGCGGGCAAGGCGUCAGUGGGCGCAUGGGAGAGCAAGGGGGAUUGAGGACAGGCUGGAUAGCGGCGUUUGGAACGGAAGGAUACGAUGGGGAGCCGCCACUGUUGGAGGAAUUAGGGGUCAAUUUUGGGCAUAUUAAGGGGAAGACGCUCACAGUACUCAACCCUCUCCAUCCCAUCUCCCAACACAUAAUGGACGACUCCGACCUCGCCGGCCCCAUCCUCUUCUUCCUCCUCUUCGGCACCUUUCUCCUCUUUUCCGGAAAAGUCCAUUUUGGUUAUAUAUACGGCCUCGCCCUCGUCGGCUCCCUCUCCCUCCACACGAUUUUCUCCCUCAUGUCCCCACCCCCCGAAGGCAAUUCUCCAACAUCCACACCCUCAUACACCCAACCCACCCAUGAUCAUAUGAGUGGAGCAGGCGGCAUGGGAGGCGGUGGCCAAUUGUCGAGUACGUUGACGUUCCCACGGAGUGCCAGUGUACUGGGCUAUUGCCUGCUUCCACUGGUCCUUACGAGUUUCGUGGGAGUGGUAUUACCGAUGGACACGGCGGCCGGGUAUGUGAUUAGUUCACUGGCGAUUUGCUGGUGCACUUACAGCAGCAGUAAGAUGUUCUGCGCCGUGGGGAGAAUGCGGAGUAUGAGGGGGCUGGUGGCGUACCCGUUGGGGCUGUUUUAUGUUGGAUUUGGGAUCAUGGGGAUAUUCUCGAGUAAGGGAACGGGUGGGUUGGGCAGGGUUGCUACCGGAUGA